AUGCGCCUCCUCCACAUCCUCCUGCUGGCAUACCCAGCGUACUCGAUCGCAUCUCCGGCCCCGCCGCCCACAGCCGCAGAAUACCCUCUUCAAGAGCCCUCUCAUCUCGCGACAUCGCCUGGAUCUCAACUCGACGCACCCCAGAAUGCCCCAGAGGUAUUCGAGGGCAACUCAGAGUACAAAGCAGUCUUCUAUGCCCAGCAGCCAGCCGCUUUUGCGAAUGGUAUCAAAGACGGCGAAGGAUGGCUCAGCCGAUGGUUGGCGAUGGGCGGAGAAGGCGAGGUAGUUGUACACCUUCAAGAUGCUGAGAACCUCACCCUCCCCCACCGACCCGCCGCUUUCCCAACCCACGUAGAUCGCCCUCUCUUGCCCAUCUCGGGUACCCUCGUCCCCUUCAGCUCUUUCCCAAGCCCGCGCGGCCAGCCCAACACUCCCCUCGCGUGUCUGCCUCCCCUGUCUCCCGUGGACCGCCCCAAACCUUCCCAUCCGCCUGGAGAAGAGCCGCCCAAGGAAGAGGAACGAUAUAUCGCGCUGAUUGAGCGUGGUGGCUGCGAUUUUGCCACCAAAGUGCGCGUGGCGCAGGAUCGGGGAGCGAUAGCUGUCAUCGUUGGGGAUAGUGUCUUGAGGCUCUCCGAGACGGAUGAGGAAGGCAGAAAGAGGGAAGGGCUCAUCACAAUGUUUUCGCCCGAAGAUACGGCGGGAAUCCAUAUUCCGUCAGUGUUCGUUUCGCGGGCGAGCUAUCUGGAUUUGAGGGAUAUGCUGUGGAAGCAUGUAGACUCGGGGAUUGGGAAGGGCUUGUGGAUUGAUAUUGGUGAGGGAACUGAUGAGGGAGGGACCCUUUCAAACCUGCUCUCCUUCGCCUUGCUCAUGCCCACCCUCUUCCUUCUCGCCACCAUCGCCGUCCACCGUAUUCGGCUCGCCCGUCAACGUGAAAAAGAUCGUGCCCCCGCACUCGUCGUCCUGUCUCUACCAGAGAGGAUAUGGGCGCCAGACAUAGUCUGGGAGAAAGAAGAUGAGAGUUCUGACGGUUCUCUGACGCAAGAGUGUAGCUCGACGCCCGGAGUGGGGUGCGGGAAGAGACUCAACUUGGAUAGGAGGGAAAGUGGGAUGGGAGAGGAUAUCGAGGAAGAAGAUGAAGGCGCUGAUGGAGAUGAGGAGAGCGAAGAUCCAGUGGCCGAGCAUCCGCCUCCACCAAUCCAUCCAUCUUCGAUCGAUACUCCGCCCAUCCCUCAUACACUGAACGACCCCUCCCACCCUCCAAUCCCGCUUCCUCCCCAUUCCUCUUCACCUCCAGAGUCUCCUUCAGAUCACCCUGGUCCGUCCCAACAUCAUCACCACAAGAAGACACACAAGCCGAAACGCCAGUACUUUUCCAAGGACGAGUGUGCUAUUUGCAUGGAUGCUUUUGAGAAGGGCGAUGUGGUUAGGAUAUUACCUUGCGGGCAUGUGUUUCAUAAAGAGGAGUGUGAUGAGUGGUUGAUGAAGUGGAGAAAGCUUUGCCCCACCUGCCGAGCAGACGUCACCUUACCUCAAGGAAAGAUCAGAGGAUCCACCGUAACCCCCGUCACCGCCGCCGGCCAACCCCCGGUCUCAGCGUCUAACCUCACCCCGUCCGAUCUGGAAAAUGGGAUAGGCGAGGACGUUACUUUGGAGGGAGUGUAUAUGAGGAUAGGGGAGAGGGUGGAGAAUGGCUGGACGGCCUUGGCAGGAUGGGCUGGGAGGACAAGGAGGGCGCUGUUUGGGAGGGGUGGAGAACGGGGAAGGGAGGAGGAGAGGGUGAGACUUGUGGAUGACGAUCAUGUCUGA